AUGGAUCACCAACAAGACUACUAUGGCCCUGGCCAACCAGGCACCGUGAACUCGAGCGCCGCCCCAACACCACGACGUCCGGGCUCGCUGAACGACCCAGACGGACGGAACCCCUUUGGCGAUGGUGUCGAGUCCCAGGCUUCCCAGAGAUCAGUCAACAAUGGCAACCCAUUCUCCAGCCCGUCGGCAUCCCGCCCACCAAGCAGCUUCGACUCUUCCUCGGCCAUGGGAGCCCGCUAUGAGGACAGGGGACAGCGCUACUUUCACUCGAGGCGAGUACGCAAGGGCGAGGUGGAGAAGCCGUGGACCAAGACGGUUGAUCCCAAGGAAAAGUGGGUGACGAUUCUGCCCGUGAUCGGUAUCGUUAUCGGGUUGGGAAUUUCGGGCUUCUUGGUGUGGGACGGCAUGCGCAGUGUGGUCAAGCACAAGUACUGCCCAGUGUUGGAGGAAGACUUUAGCCGGGGCUUCAACUCUGACGUCUGGAUGAAGGAGGUGCAGCUGGGCGGGUUCGGCAAUGGCGAGUUUGACAUGACUACUGCGGGCGACGAGAACGUCUUUGUUCAGGAUGGCAAGCUCAUUAUCAAGGCGACCCUGACCGAUGACAAGUACAUCUUGCAGAACCACACCAUCAACCUCAUCGAUGACGGUACUUGCACAUCCACCGAGUUCAAGCACUGCGUUGCUGUCACCAACACCAACAACGGCAACUCGAGCAUUGUGCCCCCUGUGAAGUCGGGCCGUAUCAAUACCAAACCGGGUGCCGCCAUCAAGUAUGGCCGUGUCGAAGUUACUGCCAAGCUUCCCGAGGGUGACUGGCUCUGGCCCGCCAUCUGGAUGAUGCCCGUCAAGGACACCUAUGGAGCCUGGCCUGCGUCUGGCGAGAUCGACAUUGUGGAAAGCCGCGGCAACAACUAUACCUACCCGCAAGGUGGCAACAACAUCAUGUCCUCUGCUCUUCACUGGGGUCCUUCCCCCGCCCAGGACUCGUGGUGGCGCACCAACGUCAAGCGCCCCGCGCUCCACACGACCUACUCUGCCGGGUUCAACACCUUCGGUCUCGAAUGGUCGCAGAAGUACCUCUUCACCUAUGUCAACUCGCGGCUCCUCCAGGUUCUCUACACCAACUUUGACACUCGGCUCUGGGAGCGCGGCAAUUUCCCCAGCGCCGACUCCAACGGAACCUGGAUCCGCAACCCCUGGGAACAGGGCGGGCAGAACGCUCCCUUUGACCAAAAGUUCUUCCUCAUCCUCAACGUUGCCGUCGGUGGCACCAACGGCUGGUUCGAGGACGGUGUCAAUGGCAAGCCCUGGCUGGACUCUUCCGAGAACGCCAGGAAGAACUUUUGGGAGGCCAGAAACCAAUGGCUUCCCACAUGGAAGUCCCCGCAGAUGGAGGUCAGCAAGGUCAUCAUGUGGCAGCAGUGCAACGGUGACGAGGGUGAUUUGUAG